AAGAAUUUCAAAGCUUCAGGCUAUCGGAGUGGACUCAACUGAUUGAUUUCUUUUCAGUGAUUCCAUUUUGGCCUCCUUCAAACUAAACCAGCACUUUUCUGUCAGAAUCUUGAUAGUAAUUUCAUGGAGGGCCAUUCCAGCUUCAGGACCCAACCUCAAAAUCCGGCGUUUGGGUACCAGAAACUGGAAUUGGAACCCCCGUCUCCGAUUAUUAACGGAGACUUCUCCUUCGCCAGCGGCACCGAUCGCCGAUAUGCCUAUUACUCCCGACAGCCUUCCUUUAAUCACCAUCAACCGGCUGGUGCAGAGCUCCCGCCCCAUACCCCCAUCUCCAUCUUCAAUGAUAAAAUUUAUGAUUAUUCCGCCGACGGAGGCGGCGGCGGCGGCGGCGGCGGAUUGUUGGAUGAUAACCACUUCUCUGCUGUUUCGUUUGUAUCGUUGGUGAUGAAGAGCGCCAGGUCCGGAAAUAAGCAGAUAAGGAAGCUGUUCGUGUUGAUCUCGCUUAAUGUGGCUUAUUCUUCCGCUGAAUUAUUCAUUGGACUUCUCUCCGGCCGAGUUGGUUUGGUAUCGGAUGCUUUUCACUUGACAUUUGGUUGUGGGCUGCUGACCUUCUCGUUAUUUGCGAUGGCGACUUCUCGUACAAAGCCUGACCGAUCCUAUACAUACGGGUAUAAAAGGCUUGAGAUUUUGGCGGCUUUCACAAACGCUCUGUUUCUUUUGUUUUUGUCAUUCUCGUUGGCGGUUGAAGCGCUUCAUGCUUUUAUACAAGAUGAAUCUGAGCACAAGCAUUACUUGAUAGUCUCAGCCGUGACAAAUUUGUUGGUGAAUCUGAUCGGUGUCUGGUUCUUCAGCAAUUAUGCUCGAAUUAAUCUCGUAUACAGAAAUGCUGAAGAUAUGAAUUAUCACUCAGUUUGCCUUCAUGUGCUUGCGGAUUCUAUUCGUAGUGCAGGUUUAAUCUUGGCAUCCUGGUUGCUAGCUCUGGGGGUAAAGAAUGCCGAAGUUUUAUGUCUAGGGCUUGUUUCAGUUACUGUGUUUAUGCUAGUCAUGCCACUUUUUAAAGCCACUGGUAGCAUCUUGCUCCAAAUGACACCUCCCAGUAUUUCACCAUCAGCCUUCAGCAAAUCCUUGAGACAGAUGGCUGCUCUUGAAAAUGUAUCCGAAGUUUCUCGAGUGCGCUUCUGGGAGCUGGUUCCAGGUUAUGUUGUUGGAUCAGUAUCAUUAAAGGUUAAAAAGGGCAUAGAUGAUCAUCCGAUUCUGCAAUAUGUGCAUAAUUUAUACAAUGAUUUGGGGGUCCAAGACUUGACCGUACAAGUUGACUAAUAGCUAAAGGCUCCUCAUUUCUCAUGUUGGGGGAGUGAAGGAUAGAGGAACCAGGUCUAGUUUGUUGAUCUUGAACAGCGGGGCUCUUUUAGAAGCUUCCCCUUUUGAGAUGAGUUAUGUUAGGAUAAUCAAAUUUUCACAUUAAAAAAAAAAGUAAGUGAAAGGUUGUAUAAAAGGUUAGACUUCCAAAGUGAUUUAUGUUAUGUACAUAACAUGAUUUGAUCACAAAAUUUUGUUCUGAUUCUUACAAUAUAUUCAAAACAUGAGUUAUUUGUUACAAAUUGAAUGGAACUCUUGACAG